AUGGAGCAAGUGGGGGGUGAGGGGAGCAGCAUCUGGCUGGGGACCCAGAGGGAGGGGGAAGGAGUGUGGGGGGGGAGCUGGCCCCACGGAGGGGUCCAGGGGGAGGGGAGCCCAAGGGGGGGCAGUAGUUGCCAUGGGGCCCCCAGAAAGGGCUCAGAGGACCACCCCCCCCUCUGCCCUGUCCCCCAGCCCGACAUCCCAGAUGCUGCCCAGAGCCCCCUGCCGGAGCCGGGGGAGGUCUCCCCCCUGGAUGUGAGUGCCCAGCGGAGCCGGGUGCUGCUGCGAAGGAAGGGGUCGGUGCGCAGGGCACCCAGCCUCCGGGCCCAGAGACCCCCCGGGGGGGCCCUGCCUGAGACCCUGCCCCAGCCCCCCCAGGAGCCAGGCACCGCAGGGGGCUUCCUGCCCCCCAUGCCCCACCAGCCACAGACCCCGAGGAGGCAGCUCCCAGGGCAGGCUGGCUUCGGCCUCGCCCACCCCAACAUGAUGGCGGAGCUGAAGUUUCGUCUGCGCAGACCCCCACCCCAAUGACGCUGCCCCACCCCUGUCAGCCGGGGACCCUGGGGUGGGCGGGGGCUCGUGCCAUUUCCUGGGCAGGAAGAGAGGAUGCCAGACAGAGUCCAGCCAGCACAGACAGCCCCCUCCCCCUCCCCGCAGCCUGGGAUAGGACCCAGGUGUCCAGGCCCCCACCCCCACCCCACCGCUGUGUUUGGGAAACCUGGAAUAAAGAAAACGGGAGCGAAAGGAGUCUGGGGCGUGGGGGGGCCGCGGCAGUGACUGUGGGGCCUACCCAAAUCAUACAAGCUGAAGGGGAGGCAGGUUCCUGGCAGCCCAUGAGUUCCUGUAGGACCUACCAAAAUAGCACCCAGUGGCUUCUGUUUACUUUGUGUAUCAGUCAGCCCCAGGUUCCCAGAAAACCCCAGGGCGAAGGGGAAUGAGGAGGGGCUGAAUCAACUAGAAACGGAACGGAAAAGAGAAACCAGAAUCGAGAGGUGAUGGGGGGGGGGGAGAGAACCCAGGAGUCCUGG